AUGCGCCCAAUGCUCAUGCCGAAGGGACAGACUGGACAGAGUUCUCGCAAUGUCAAAGACAGGACCAAGAGCCCACGUUUGAACGGAGCCGAUCUGUACGUCGUAAGACUGGGCUGGCAAUGUGCGCCGAAGGUGUACUGCGAAGAGCCAGGCGAAGACGCCGCGACGAUACCUCCAUCGCGCCCUGCCACAGGUUCAUUGCACGACGAGCUCACCAGUCCAGAGCCGGCGAGGCCAGCACGUACCAAGCACCCGCCGCCACCAACAAAAGACGAGAAGCGACCGACCGUCCUGGCUCCCCGACCCUGCUACCGAUGCAUAUCCUACAUGGCGUCUGUGGGCAUCAAACGCGUUUUCUGGACCGAUGACAAAGGAGGCUGGGAGAGCGCAAAGAUGCGUGAUCUGGUCGAUGCGCUUGACAACAUGGGGUCACAGUCGCCUGCUGAUGCGUCGGUGGCACUUAACAGCGUCUUCGUCACAAAGCACGAAGUGCUGAUGCUGCGCAGGAUCAUGGGAGACAGCUGA